GAUUCCUGCUGUGCGACGGUGUGCGGAGAAGCCAGCGACGAUGACAGCUCCAGGAGCGGUUGCUCGGUACCUCGCCGGGUCCUGGGGCGUUACGUCAUGAAGAUGGACGACCACGACGUCCUGGGCGAGGGGACCUCCAGCAUAUGCCGCCGCGGCAUCGACGAGGAGACGGGCAACGAGGUGGCUAUCAAGGUGUACAAGACUGACAAGCGGGGAGGGACUUCCUCGGUGACCUUGAUGAAGUUCCGGAGGCAGAUUGCGGUGCUGAAGCAGCUGCAGGUGCCGCUCUCGAAGCCGGCGGAUCCCAGGCUGUGGACACCGGAGCUGGAGGGCAUCGACCCCUCGCGUAUGUUCGUCCAGCUGCUCGACUACUCCGCGGACGCGGCGGGCUGUCCUGGCCCAGAUGUGACGGACAAGGUAAUGUAUGUGGUCACCGAGAUGGCUUCCUACAGCCUCAAAGACUACAUCAAGGAAAGACGCGAGCAGAGACACCGGCCUUCGGCAAAUACCAUCCAGAUUUUGGCCAGGCAGCUUGUCCUCGUGGUGGCGGGUCUGCACGCCCGCGGCCUCGUGCACUUGGAUUUGAAGCCCGAAAACCUCAUGAUCUUCGGCGGGCUCCUGAAGCUCAUCGACGUCGACGGGUGCGUCAAGAUCAACGAGCAGGUGUCGUGCGAGGACUCGAGCCUGUCGUUCUCGCCGUGCUACUGCGCCCCCGAGUGGGCCGCGUUUGUGCUGGACGAGCUCGACAGCAGGGUCCAUGUCGUAUCGCCAGCUCUGGAU